AUGGUCAAGCUGACGAGAGAGCAUGGCGGACUGGGCAUCGAGCGAGGAAGCUCAGAGGGAGACUUGAAGGUGUUCUUGGCCAAUAGCGGUACGGAGGCGAACGAAGGUGAGUUCUCGCGCGCCGCUAUCCACCACUUCAACCGGACUUUGUUAUCCUCUCGGCGCUGCUUAACGCUGCUCCUCUUGUCGUAUGUAGCCGCGCUCAAAUUCGCUCGAAAGCAUGGCAUGUCGCAUUCCGGCAAGCCGGCAACCAAAUCCGGUCUAGUCAGCUUCAACAACGCCUUUCAUGGUCGUACGAUGGGAGCGCUAGCCAUGACGCCCAACCCAAAAUAUCAAGCACCAUUCGCCCCCCUUCUCGGAGAUGUAAAGACCGGUCACUACAACUCCUUUGAAGGUCUUCACGAGCUGAUCGACGAUAAGACGGCAGGCGUUAUUGUGGAGCCGGUGCAAGGCGAGGGAGGCAUCUUUCCCGCCAAGCUCGAGUGGCUCCAAGCUCUCAGAAAGAGAUGCGACGAAGUCAAGGCUCUGCUCAUCUUUGACGAGAUCCAAUGCGGUCUUUGGAGAUCCGGAUCCUUGUGGUGUCACUCCAACUUUCCGACCAACGCUCAUCCCGAUCUCAUCACCAUGGCCAAACCUCUUGCAAACGGCUUUCCCAUCGGAGCGGUUCUGAUGCGCAAGUCGGUUGCGGAUAGCAUUACCGUUGGGGAUCACGGAACAACAUUUGGAGGUGGCCCUCUGACCAGCAGGAUAGCCCAUCACGUUCUGGGGCGGCUGUCCGACCCUGCCCUGGUCAAGAGUGCCAAAGCAGCUUCGGACAAGCUCAAGGCACGAUUGACGGAAUUGCGAGACCUCUUUCCUGAAUUAAUCCGACACGAAGAGGGCGCGUACGAGUCACCCAGAGGCAAGGGCUUGUUGAUCGGUCUGAGCACAAAGGACCCUUCUCAUGCUGGCAGGAUCGUCAAGCUGGCUAGAGAGCGCGGCUUGAUUGUGCUCAGCGCUGGAUCGGAUGCCGUUAGGAUAGUCCCAAGCUUGACGGUAUCGCUGGCGCAGGUCGAUACUGCUGCCGAUAUACUGGAGAGCUGCUUCGCCGUCUUGGCUCAAGAGACUGGACAUGCGGCCUAG